AUGCCAGCGAUUACCGAUGACCUCGAGAGUAAGAACAGAGACUAUGCGGCUACCUUCGAUAAAGUCAGAAAUGCCGGCGCAUCCGCAAAAGACGCUCUGAGAUCUAUUGUCAUCUCCCAACAAUUGCUAGGAACUAGGGAGAUCUUGCUAGUCAAACAUACGGGCUACGGGAUGUUGACGUUUGAGAAUAAAGAUGCAUAUGCUCUGGUCGAGAAGAGUCUGGGGUGA